GCCAUCAUUGAGCCCUGCACCGCGCUCACUGCUGCCAAUCAUUAUAUCAAGAUGCUGGUCGGUCGUCCAACAGCUCUCUCUCACCUUGCCAACCUCCCCCCUUUCUCUUUCUUCCCUUUUUGUUUCUAUUGAGUUUUCGUUGCCGUUCGUUUGGCACGGAAUCUUCAAGUUUUAGUUUGUUUUCUUGAGUGUUCACGACUAGACCGAUUCUCCCCGAAAGUCACGAGUCAAAACUACACCUACAAAUCUAUACCAACCCCAUAACCAACGCCAACGAUGUCGAAACACUUCUGCUGCUGUAUUCCUGUUCGUGCAGGUGUAUUCAUUUUCUCUUUGAUCGCCUUCCUGGCGAGUGCACUCGUUGCAGCCUCCAGUUGGUUCCUGCUUCACAUCAUCUUGACGGGAGAUAAUGCCGACGCUGUCAAGGACGUCGACUUCAGCAAAAUCACCACAGCAGGCAAAGUCGGUGUGAUCGUAGCAGGGUCGAUCUUUACCAUAACUGCUCUCAUCUCGCUCUUUGGUUUCGUUGGUUCGAUCCUCCGCAAGCGAAGAUUGGUCAAAGCGUACUCCUUCCUCAGCUGGAUUACCUUCUUCAUCUACCUCAUCGCGUCUGGCUUCUACUUCUACCUCGUCUUCUCAGGGAAGAACCUCUUCACUGGAUGCGAGUUCACCGAUGCAGAUGGGAAUACCUCUGAGUGCAGAGUUGAUCUCAAGCUUUGGCAAAAGAUCGUUUCUGUCGUUAUCGUCAUCGUCGGCUUGUUCAUCCACCUUUACAUCGCUGUCAUCAUCCGUCGUUACGUCGACCAACUUGAGGACGAUGAUUAUAGCCACGAAUACAAGCUUGCCAAGCACAGCAAGAACAACACUAGCACUUACGAGCCUACAUACUACCCUCCAACUGCUCAAGACCCCGCUGCACACCAGGGUCUUCUUCACUCGAACCACCAAUACCCCUACACUGAUGCGUCUCACUCGUUCGGCCAUACCAAUGCAUGAGUGUUGCAUUUCGUUGUUUUCGGUAGAGAGGGAGGAGCGUGUACGAUUGAAAUGAUGGUUGCCAGUGGUCUGCUGCCAAGACUGUUGAUGAUGAUGACUAUGACUAUGAUGAUGGGGAUGGCUGUGUGAGGUGGUGGGGAUGGGAUGCAAUGUUGCGUUUUUUGCUUUCUAUCUAUUUUGCUCUGUCACACGUUGUAGCAUCUCAUUUGGUAUAUCCCAUGGACUCUCUUGCUUUUGCUUUCUUCUAAUGCUAGAAGUCUACACGC